AUGGCGGACACGGAGGAAUUAGCGAGAGGCUACACCUUGGUCAACGACACGCAGUACAACGCCGGCUUGUUCCUUCUCCAGCGACUGGCCGUCGUGCCGGGCAUGCGCGUGCUCGACGUCGGGUGCGGACCGGGCAAUCUCACGGCCUACAUCGCGCAGCUUGUCGGGGACGACGGGACCGUCGUGGGCAUCGAUCCGAGCAAGGAGCGCAUCGCCAUCGCGCUCAGGACGGCCGUCCGGCCGAACCUGACCUUCCUCGAGGGACGAGCCGAAGACCUGUCUCGCUUCCCCGCCGCCAGCUUCGACAUCGUCUUCGUCAACUCGACCUUCCACUGGGUGCGGGACCAGCCCGCGGCACUCAGGGAAUUCGCCCGCGUGCUGCGGCCCGGGGGCCGCCUCGGCAUCUCGGGUGGAUCGGGGGACUUCGUCGCGGCGCACGAGAAGAUCAAGGCCGACGUGCUGUCGAGGGAGCCCUACCGGCGCUACCCCGAGGAGAGCCCGCCGGUGUUCCUCAAGCGGCGCGAGAUGGAAGGACUGCUCGACGAUGCCGGGUUCGCCGACAGGACGAUCGUGGUCAACAAGAUCGUCAAGGCGGCCAGGGAUGCUGACGCCAUGAUCGACUGGCUUGACACCAGCUCCUCGGGGAAGACGUACGGCAGCAUUCCGCUGCACCUGCGGCCGAGCGCGCGGGAGGAGAUGAAGAGAGAGUGGGACAAGCUCGUGACGGAGGAAGGGAUUCGGAUGGAGAUGGAGCUGCUGGUCACUGUCGCGGUCAAGAAUUGA